AUGCCCUACCAGGCCUACUGCGGCCUGAUCCACAGGGUCGGAUCGCCUCCUCUCGUCGGCUUCGUCACAUUUUCUGCGGUUGCUUCCACAUACUACGCCCUGGGCAAUUUCAUGAACCCAGCCUACAUGCCUGAUGUCCUAGUUGGCGUCUCUGAUCACAUGGCAUUCUGGGAGCGCGUGUACAAUACCUACUACUACCUGAGAUUAUACCACACGUGGUUCUGCGGAGUGCCCCCGAAACAGGAGUCUCUCAUGAGAGAAGUCUUCGGAACUGAACCACCUUCGAUUUACGAAACUGAGCGCAACUACAGUUUACGCAUAGUCGGCAACCAUUUCUCCCUGGAGUACCCUCGACCGCAGCUACCGAAUGUCGUAGAGAUUACUGGCCUCCAAGUGUCAACGAAGAUCGAGAAGUUACCGAAAAAUAUCCAAGAUUUAUUAGACGGAGCGGAUCAUGGCGUCGUCUACUGCAGCCUUGGUUCCAACGUCAGAAGCAUAGACCUCCCACUGGAGAAGAUUCAGACACUCGUGGAGGCAUUCAGAGAGCUGCCGCAGCGCGUCACCUGGAAGUGGGAGAACGACUCUCUGCCUUCACAGACAGACAACGUCAUGGUCCGCAAGUGGCUGACGCAACAGUCCAUACUGGAUCACCCGAAAGUCCGCCUCUUCAUAUCGCAGGGAGGUCUUCGUAUUAUGACUGAAGCGACGUACCAUGCGGUUCCACUGCUCAUCAUUCCGUUCUUUGGCGACCAGCCGCACACCGCGGCCAAGGUUCAACAAGCGGAGAUGGGCGUGAGGCUGCUGUUCAAGGACCUCACCAAGGACUCACUGCUUAACUCCAUACGGACCGUGUUGGGCGACACAAAGUAUAAAGAAAACAUGAAGAGACUUUCUGCCGUAUACUGCGAGCACAGGGCGGACUCCCUGGAGUGUGCUGUGUGGUGGGUGGAGUACGUGAUCUCCCACAGGGCGGCCCCACACCUGCGCAGCACCGCACUUGACCUGCACUGGUGGCAGCUGAUGCUGCUCGACGUCGUCGCCUUCGUGUUGGCGGUCGCAGCCUUCGCACUCUGCCUCGUCUACUUCGUCACGUGGCGGGUAGUAUCCAGCUUCAAAAGCAGCAAACAGAAACAGAAGAAGAAGAAACAGUGA